CUCCGUUCUUUAAUUACAACAAUCACGCGGAAUCAUAUCAUCCGUUUCAUACGACGCCGCCCGUAGGAGUUCCGUAGGAAACCCAGAAUGAAAUCAAGUGGAUCAGAAUAAUCUUCUUUACAAAAUGGACGACCAUAUACACGACAUGUCGUAUUCCAAUUCUUCAGCUGGAUCGUCUGCAUCUUCUUCUUCCGGUCAUGGUUGUUAUAGCGAUUCGAUUCAUUCAGAGAACGUUGAGUACUUUGCUUUAAAAAUACAAAAGGAGGAUCAUCGCAAUUCUUCAGAUGACGAGGAUAAUUUGAGCGUUCUCGCAUUUACCGAGGAUGAUGUACGAUCUCGUAGCAGGUCUAGAUUCCGUCCAUCAUGCGCAAAUUGGCAACGAUGGUGUAUGUUUGGCGCAUUCAUUGCUAGUACUUCAAUUCUUUGCUGGGCUUUUCAUUGUCCUUCAACGAUGUUUGUGUAUUUGGCAUGGCUGUUUAUCAUCAUACCUGUUGAAGCAGCUUCCUUUGCUCGAUCUUUGCUGUCGAGAAAUCGAAUCAUUUCACUGGAUUUCGAUCAGUACAACAUCAAGCGUACAAAGCCAACAUACUUUUCGCUGGUAUCCAAGAGGCUACGGAUUGCAUUGCUUAUGCUUGGGUGUUGCAUUUGGUCAUGGGCAAUCGUAGAGAGCAUGAUAGGUCCAUACCCAACACCCCAAACCUCCGAAUCUAUCGGUCCAACAUUCAUUGCCGCCAAUCUAUACAACAGCAACAAUCUAUUCCCCAAAUACGGUGACGAUCUAAUCAAAUUAGUUGAAAGUAUCGGAGGACCGCAAAACGCAUACAUUUCCAUCUUUGAGAGCAAUUCCGAAGAUGGAACAGAGAAGUCUCUUGAUCGACUCUCCCAUAAACUGCAAACGCACAACAUCCCUCAUACGAUCAUCAGCGGCAAUAAUGCCACAAAAUCUAUCCCUACCGACCACGUUGGCAUCACUGAUGAUGGCAAUAGACGCAUUGCAUUUCUGGCAAAUGUACGCAAUGAGGCCAUGCGACCGUUGUAUGAAAAUACAACUUCCCUCAAGUUCGAAAAGGUGCUCUGGUUGAACGACGUCAUCUUUGAUUCAGACGAAAUCAAAGAGCUCUUACAAACGAAUGGAGGAAUGUACGAUGAAGCAUGUGCGUUUGACUUUAUGCCACUUGGAUUAUAUGAUACGUGGGUCACACGAGACAUCGACGGCAAUCGUGCCAAACCACUUUGGCCGUACUUUGCAGCAGAUCGAGAUGUGAAAACGUUGGAAGAACAAAAGCCAAUUCUCGUAGACAGUUGCUGGAAUGGUGCCGUUGCAUUUGAUGCUCGUUGGUUCCGUGAUUCGACUGCACCUCUCACAAAGCCGGACAAGCACCACUUGACAAAACGUGAACAAGAUUCUGCCGCAAAAAUGCCACUACGUUUCCGCAAUAGCAACAUUUGCCUGUCUUCGGAAUGUCUACUGACUUCACUUGAUAUCCACCAAGCCUUGCAACCGAUUCGACCAGUCAUUGUCAUGAACCCCAAAGUGGUAACUGCAUACGAUCGCAAGACGUUCUAUUUGUAUCACAACAUUAUGCGUUGGCACGUCACUCAACCAUGGAGAUUGGUUUGGGAACGAUUUGUGUCGGCCUAUCUGUUUCAAUCCUUGACGGAUAUGGGACGAAAGCCUGCGCAAUGCUUUGAAGCAUUUCAAUCACUUUGGACUACACCUCAUCCUUUAGCACAAAAAGCCAAAACCAAUACCGAGGUGCUCAAAGAUGUUUUGGCCAAGCGAUGGCAGUGAUUUCUCUUAGAUUCUGUAAUAUACAUUUCAAUCUUUUUUCAAUUGUACAACAUCCAUCUGUGUUCUUCUAAUAUUACAUCUAUGUUACAUAU